AUGAGAUUCAUUACAGGACCUUCUGUGCUCUGGUUUGUAUAUUUUCUUUCAGGAGUCAUAGCACUAUCUUCUUUGGAUUCAUCAGUUGCUACAGCCUGUCUGAAAUAUAAUGCGUUGUUUAAAUGGAACUGCACAUCGAAUAAAAAAUAUUCGUGUCUUUGUCAAGAUAUUAAUUGGUUACAAACAUUAACUUAUUGUGUCAAUUAUGGUGCUGAUCAUGAAACACCAUUGAAACAUGCUAUGAGACAUAUACGAUUGAGAUGUAAAUCUGGUGAUAUUGAUUUCACCACUGAGCAAUUACAACAAAUUUAUGAAAAUGGUACUUUAUAUACAAGACCUAUCAUAUCAAAUGACACUACCACUAGAGUCAUAGGGACAUUGAUUCCUGACGAAACUACAUUUGAUUAUUAUUUGACAAAAUAUAAACAGACUUCUCUGUUUGUCACUAGAUCUCAAUGGUAUGGUUGGGGUUUGAUAUUUUAUUGGGUUACAAUCAUUUUAAUUAGUACAAUUUUUAAUAUUAAUAGAAAAAUGAUUGGAUUUAAAACUUUUUUCCAAAAUGUUUGGAUUAAAAGAAAUGUUGCGAUCCCUUCAGUGGGUAAACAUUAUAAAGAACGUACUUUUCUUUUAUUUCGUUGUAUUCCAAUUAAUUUCCCAACUAGAUUGGACGCUUUGAUUGUAACUGUUUUUGUUAUCUUAACAAUUAUCUUUUGUGGGAUGGAUUAUGAUAUUCAUUUACCACAUCCAAAUUAUCCUGAUCAAUGGAGACUUAAUGCUAGAAUGUUAAAUUAUAGAGUAGAUCAAAUGGCACUUACUUUGUUUCCAGUUAUUUACAUGUUUGGUAUAAGAAAUAACCCCUUUAUUGCAUUAUCUGGGUUUUCUAUUGGUUCCUUCAAUUAUUUCCAUAGAUGGUGUGCAUACGUGGCGUCCUGUUUGGUAUUGGUACAUGCAGUGUUAUGGACAGUUUAUUCUCAAAGGUAUUCUACAUAUCAUCAUUACAUCUCACAGGAAUAUUUCCAAUGGGGGAUUGCUGCUACUGUGAUGAUGUUUGUUUUAUGCUCUCAUAGUGAAAAGAUCUUUAGAGAUAGAUUUUACGAAUUCUUCUUAUUUUUCCAUAAAGCUAUGAAUGUAAUAUUUAUCGUAGGUUUGUAUUACCACAUUGCAUCAUUCGGUUGGUUGAAUUGGGUUUGGGCCCUUGUUGGUAUAUGGGCCGGUGAUAGAUUUUUAAGGUUUGGUUGGAUUGUCAUCAAUGGUGGAAUUCAUAAUGCAACUUUGACGGAUUGUUUUAAUGGUGUCAUAAAAAUUUCUAUUCCAAAACCCAGAUUUUUCAAAUAUCAACCUGGGAUGUUUGUUUACUUGUACUUCCUUGGAUUAAAUGAACCUUGGUUUUGUUCUUUACAAUCCCAUCCAUUUACAAUCUUAAGUGAACCACAAAUAGAUGAAAGCCAACCAGGUAAUUUAAUAAUUUAUUUCAAAGUUAAUAAAGGUAUCACUAAACGUUUAUUAAAGAGGUUGGAAAAAAGUGGUAAACAGAGUAUCACUUGUAAAGUACUAUUGGAGGGGCCUUAUGGUGUCCAAUUACCACAAUUAACGUCUAUUACAGAGAAUUAUUCAGGUAUAUGUGCAGGUCUGGGAAUUACAGCUGUGUAUCCUGAAUUGUAUCAUGCAGCUCAAAAGACUGAAAAUAUUGAAGGGUUCUCUCAUAAUUUGACUUGGAUCAUUAAUAACCCUUCACAUGUGGAAUGGUUUCAUCAGGAAUUGACUCUGUUGUCUCAAUUGAAUUGUAACGUAGAAAUCAUUUGUACAGCAAGAACGUCUAAUAAUACCCCAGUAGAUGAAAAAAUGAAAGGAUUUAAAGAUAAGUUGCAAUUCACUACAGCAACAGAUUCUGGUAGUUCCGCUACCUCUACGAAUGACCGUUACGCUAAAUCUCAUUAUGAAAUCCAAUAUAUUGAAGCUAGGCCCGAUUUGGGGCAAUUGAUAGCCUCUCGAAUUUCAAAAUCUCAAAAUCAAUCUUCACAACCAACAGAUUUGAAUAUCUUGACAUGUGGUCCCUCCAGUUUCAAUGAUAAAAUUAGAUUUCAUAUGACUGAGGAACUUGCAAAAAAUAUCUCAAUAAAUGUCAAUUUCGAUGAAAAGAGUUUCACAUGGUAA